AUGCGCGGACUUUGGCUGAUCAGUUUGGUUGAUCGCAAAGCCACAGCUCCUUCAGCCCUUGAGGGCACGUAUAAGGCAUUGACGAUUAUCCACCCUUUCAAUCCUGUCGCCUGGUAUCAUACGCUCUCCCUAUCUUUUCAUUCACCUUCAUCUUCGCCCGCGCAUCCUCUGAGCCUUCUUAUUGAACGCGCCUGCGCACCCUACGGUAACAAGGCCAUCCAACGCUUCUACGCAUGA